AUGCAGAAGGAAAGAAUGACAAGCACUCUCCACCAUUCGACAUCCAUACGGCCACAACCCCAUCGAGGGGAUGUAGAUCCUCUCCCUGAAGAGGCUCCUUCCCCUCCCUCUUGUCCAUCUGGGCUAGAGUCUUUCAAGAGCUGCCAAACAGUAGAAGCUCAUCAUGCCGAGAUGCUACAUAAAUGGGCUGAUGCCACCGAUUGGGGACUCUCAAUGACUGAGAAGGCAGUAGCUCGACAUGAUGCACCGCCACAGCUCACCAAGAAGAUGUCUCGCGGCAGCUCAUGGAUACCUCAUAGGCAUCAUCAUAAGGAUGAUGUACAUGUGAAUGAGACCAAGAACGCUGUUGCCAUGCAAGUUGACAAUGAUGAUCCCGACUGCAGUAUGAGCGUCGACUGUGAAUUUAAUAAGGGUCUGCUGAAGGGCCAAAUAAUGAUUGAGGGUAUGAACGUACCGUAUUUAUUCCAAGUAGCAGCUAGCUGGGAGAUGGACUUGGCGCCUUUAUGGUUCCCAAUGCUCGAAACUGUCGACAAAGUAGCCGCGUUUCCUCCCAAUGGUGACAACUCUACACAGCGGAGUCGAGAUAAAGAACAGGAGUGGAUGUCCGAUACACCAACUAGCAGCACUCGAGGAAGCUCCAGUGAAGUUGACUCGUCGAUCUUCACUCAUCCAGCGCCUAAUCGUCCUGUCAUAUUAGAUGAGAUGAUGACCCAUCUGUUUGCGGUGCCACCAGUUCCAGCCAUCAAGGGAGUCGACUCGUAUUCCCAUCGAACUCUUUAUUCGUGGUCUCCCAAGUGCACACCAACUCCAGGGUCGUUAAUGAUUGAUUACUCCCCACCAUUGGAUGCUAAGUCAUGGAAAGGAGUUCAAUUGGAUGACCCUGCUCGUCGGGUAUUUCGGACUGAACAAAAAGCCACGGCGGUUUACGUUAGGCCGUCGUUGAAGGAUCCUGAGCGUCGUAGUGAUGUGUUUGUCAGCGUCUUAGCAGAUCCUGGGGUCCCUACCUGGUUGGUACCCAAUUCUCUGGUAAAGUGGAUACUACGUCUCGGCGCACGAGGUUUUGUCGAUAAGGUUAUGUCAGUAAUGACCGGCUGCACUGAUGAUCCAACGCAUCGUUACGCUGUACGAGUAGCUGAGAGAUAUGAGGAACUGUACUGGAAGUAUGCCUAUUACGGUUUCUAUCCACCAGAGGCUGUAGUGUCCAGGAAGGCUCGAGAGCAUCUGUUCAUGAAAAGGCAUAUUAAAAGCAUAUGCGGGCAACGUGGCGACGGGCCGCGUAAGUCUGCUUGCGUCGAUGAGAAAACCCCAGCGGCUAUGAGUGAGGUAUCUCGUGGUCGACCACCUUUGGAUCCUACAAUUAAGAAGCGACGAGAAGGCUCGACUGCAGUUGGUCUGAGGCCUCGAAAAGACAUGGGACAUCGUUCGUCUACUAGUACUGAUACAAUGCUAGUACAGAGUAAAAUGUUCUCGUUGUUGAAAGCAUUAUUCAUCAUUAUAGCUGUGUUUUGGGCAAGACCUUUGUUAAAGUCGAUGACCCUCUUGUUCGACAAGCAUUAA